AUGCUUCCUCUCGAUGCCUUUCUUCUCCCUUUUGACAAUGGAAUGGAGAAAGCAAACCCUUGGUACACAAUUAAGAGCAAGAGUCAUCUACCAGCAAAAUUGCCAUGUCCUGACAAUUGUGGGUUGAGCAUCAACUGGCACGUUAACUCAGACUAUAAAAUCGGAUGGACAACACGGAUCAAGCUCUUCAAUUGGGAUGAGUUUUCAUUUUAUGAUUGGUUCGCUGCUAUUCAGUUCCCGGGAUAUGAAAACGUCUACUCUUUCAAUAACAUAAAACUGCCUCAACCUAAGAACACCAUUUUGAUGCAAGAACUACUAGAUCUAAAUUACUUGGUUGGAGAAGUUAAUGGGAUAAAUCAUGUCAUAGACCCUUGA